CAUUCGCCACCAUACACGCCAAUAUUUUCUGUGUUUGAAAACCCAGAAAAUGCGGAAGGGCAAGGCCAGGGCCAGCGCCGCCAGCCAUGGCCAAGACGGACUUUCCUCGAGCACAAUGACUGCGACCUCCUCUGUGACAGCUUCAUUUCGUGGAGAAGGGAGUUAUACUUCGUCUCGCAUCGAGGAGGGGUACGCAUCUUCGCAGACCUUGUCAUUGGAGGUCGAGGAACAGGACCACAGUGCUACUGAACGAGGUUCUUCCCCAACAGCUGCCAAUGAAGAAGACGUCCAGGGAAAUACACACAGGAAAGCGUUGUGGCUAGGCGGGUGGGCUGAUCCCCAAAGUCUUGCCAGUGUGAGAUCACUUCGUCCCCUCUACCCGAGAUUCCCAAUCAAGUCUGUCGGGGAAAGGGUGGGACCUGUGAACCGCGAAGAUGGAAACGCCCAGUUAAGGCAUUUGGCUAGCGCUGGCUACGUGGGAAUUGAGGCUUCUACUAAGGGUAGCUCCCAGAGAGGAGGGAACAUCACGAGGCAGAGAAAGAGAGCCAAACAGGGAGAACAGAACCCUAGAACGUCUACACCUGUUGAUAUCAUGAAGCAAAUCAUCCCCAAGGUCUCAGCAUUCUUGUCGCUCUUGUCGCAUUUCUUGUUUGCUGCUUAUACUUUGUCGCGUCUUGUUCUUUCUGGAAUUCUUUGAUUUAGAAAACACACGCGAAGCUUAAUCCGU